UUUCCUCGAUUUCGCCAUUCAAAAGGGAAAAAGAAGGAUCAAAGAGCGCGAAAACCCUAGCUUACAGUCUCUAGCUCCGGUAUGUCAAUUCCAUCGGAAUCUCCCUCUGGACAUAACGAAGAAGCACCGGAACAAGAAUUUCAGAGCAGUACUCAUCACCCUCCUGCUCCUUCCGGUGAGCUAUUUGAUAUAACAACCACAGUUGAUCCUGCUUAUAUAAUAUCUUUGAUCCGGAAGCUCCUACCAGAAAAUGUGAAGCAUGGAGAGAGAAGCAAGAUAACCACAUCUUCUCCACCUGAGAAUGAAGAAGGCCAGAGUUGGUCUAUUGAUGAGUCUGAAAAUAUGAAGAAUGUUGAAACUUUUGUCAAACAAUCAGUAGAUGACAAGUUCUAUUGUCAAAAUGAGUGUGAGGAUGUGGCAGUAGGAGAAGAGACUUGGGAAGAGUUUGGCUGUAUUUUAUGGGAUCUAGCAGCUAGUAAAACUCACGCUGAAUUCAUGGUUGAAAACUUUGCUCUUGAAGUGCUUUUGGCGACUCUGAUGGUCUCAAAAUCUGCCCGGAUUACUGAAAUUAACCUUGGUAUUAUUGGGAACCUAGCUUGCCAUGAUGUCUCACGGAAAAAAAUCACUACUACGGAUGGUCUGAUUGGAGCAGUACUGCAACAAUUGUUUCUAGAUGACACAGCAUGUCUCUGUGAAGCAUGCCGGCUGAUAACUUUAUUUCUUCCAAGCAACGAAAGUGGUUUUUUGGCAGAAGCACUGCAACCUGAACAUAUUUUAUGUCGUAUUUUAUGGAUUGUAGAGAACACUUUGAACAUUCAGCUUCUUGAGAAGAGCAUUAAUCUUCUCUUAGCAAUAGCAGAAAGUAAGCAGGAUGUGGUUGCAAUACUGCUACCACCACUGAUAAAAUUAGAUCUCCCACGGAGUCUGGUUGAUCUCCUAUCUGUUGAGAUAAGCAAGUUAACCCCUGAAGAAAGAUCACCUGAAAGGUAUUCCAUUCUAGAUUCGAUUCUUCAGACUGUUGAAGCGCUUUCAGUCAUUGAUGAUUAUUCACAAGAAAUCUGCUCAAACAAGGAACUCUUCCAACUACUUGUUCAAUUGAUCAAGCAUCCAGAUAAAGCUGAGUUUGCCAACUCUUGUGUUACUGCUUCAGUUUUGACAGCAAAUAUUCUGACUGAUGCAACUGAUCUGGCUUUAGAGAUAUCACAGGACACACCUUUCUUACAGGGUCUACUUGGUGUGUUUCCUUUUGCUUCUGAUGAUAUUGAAGCACGGAGCGCAAUUUGGAGCAUUCUUGCAAGGUUGCUGGUGCGAAUUCAAAAAACUGAUCCGUCAAAGCUGCACCAGCAUGUCUCAGUUCUCACAAGCAAGUCAGAGGUGGUUGAGGAUGAACUUCUUAUCUGCAAUGUUGAUGAUUCCAGCGAAGACCAUAGAAGUUCCACCAAAUUAACAGCAAGAACAUUUGCUCUAAACGGAAUUGUUGAAAUUUUAAGUCGAUGGAGAACCCUCGACGACCACAUGAAGGGAGCCCUUUCUAUGGAGGGAUGCUAUGUGAAUGAAGGAGAUGUUGAUAAAAUGUUGCACUACUGUUGCAAAUACACCAAUAAAUGACACAGGUAUACUGCGGGAGGAGAACUCAUGAAAGAUCCAAAUAUU